AUGCUGGUGGUUUCCAUUGGCCAGCCUGGAGGAGGCGGGUCAGCACCUUACAAAGGUGAAGAAGACCCCUCGCGCUCUGACUUCCCCUGCUCUGCCCCUGCAGAGGAAGGUGAAUACUUCCUGAAGGUGCUGAUUCCCAGCUAUGCGGCGGGCUCCAUCAUCGGCAAGGGCGGGCAGACCAUCGUACAACUGCAGAAGGAGACAGGAGCCACCAUCAAGCUGUCCAAGUCCAAAGACUUCUACCCCGGAACCACAGAGCGCGUGUGCCUGGUACAGGGCACAGCAGAGGCCUUGAAUGCCGUGCACAGCUUUAUCGCCGAGAAGGUCCGAGAAAUCCCACAAGCGAUGACCAAGCCUGAAGUCGUCAAUAUCCUUCAACCCCAAACCACGAUGAACCCCGACAGAGCCAAGCAGGCCAAGCUGAUUGUCCCCAACAGCACGGCCGGCCUGAUCAUCGGCAAAGGGGGUGCCACGGUCAAAGCAGUGAUGGAACAGUCGGGUGCCUGGGUGCAGCUGUCCCAGAAGCCAGAGGGCAUCAACCUGCAGGAGCGCGUGGUGACGGUCAGCGGGGAGCCUGAGCAGGUCCACAAAGCCGUGAGCGCCAUCGUGCAGAAGGUUCAGGAAGACCCUCAAAGCAGCAGUUGUCUCAACAUCAGCUACGCCAACGUGGCCGGCCCCGUGGCCAACUCCAACCCCACCGGCUCGCCGUACGCCAGCCCUGCCGACGUGCUCCCUGCCGCGGCCGCCGCCUCGGCUGCCGCUGCCUCGGGCCUGCUGGGCCCCGCCGGGCUGGCGGGCGUGGGAGCCUUUCCCGCCGCCCUUCCUGCCUUCUCCGGCACCGACCUGCUGGCCAUAAGCACGGCGCUCAACACGCUGGCCAGCUACGGCUACAACACCAACUCCCUCGGCCUGGGCCUCAACUCGGCCGCAGCCUCCGGUGUCCUCGCCGCCGUGGCUGCCGGGGCCAACCCCGCCGCCGCCGCCGCUGCGGCCGCGGCGGGGGCGGCCGGCGGCUUCCUGACGGCGGAGAAGCUGGCAGCCGAGAGCGCCAAGGAGCUGGUGGAGAUUGCCGUGCCUGAGAACCUGGUGGGGGCCAUCCUGGGCAAAGGGGGCAAGACGUUGGUGGAAUACCAGGAGCUCACAGGCGCCCGCAUUCAGAUCUCCAAGAAGGGCGAGUUCCUGCCGGGCACGCGGAACCGGCGGGUCACCAUCACAGGCAGCCCCGCGGCCACGCAAGCCGCCCAAUACCUCAUCAGCCAGCGGGUCACCUACGAGCAGGGGGUCAGGGCCUCUAACCCCCAGAAGGUGGGAUGA